CUUUAUUAACCUUACUCCACCUUCAUAAAGCUUAUUCAGACUGUCACCUACCUUUUCAUAAUUCUCCGCCUUAUUGCUCUAAUCAUAUCUCCAACAACAGCUAUGGCGGAAGACCCGUCUAAUACCUGUACCGGUCUUGUACCCUACGCCCGCGAAUUACAGCGCCAGUUCAAGCUCGGGACCCGCGAACUGAACCUUCACAAGAUCACAAUCUCGAAAAGUAGAAGCGAAUGGUGCUUUGAUGAAAGCACAUCCGGAGAACUGGCACAGGUUGAUGGAAGCGGCACGCCACAUGUUACAUAAGGUACAGAGGAAGGGGAGAGAUGCAGAAGAUGGAGAAGAGGUGGAUGAAGAGGAGGAAGCAAAGAAGAAGCGCCAGGGCGGGCACGAUACCAAGUCCAUCCGCCCACGAUACCUUCAACCUUCUGACUACACAAAGUUCAACACAAAGGAGCUAGAAGCUGCGGACGAGCAGAAUCAGAUGUCAACGCAUAUGCAUCGUCUACAUAGUCUUCUGACUCAACAAAUGAGUAUGACGCCCUCGGGCUUUCCUCUUGCGCAAGAUGUUGCCGAAAAAUCCUUAAAGGAGCUUGAGGAAUCCAUUAAUGGAUUCAGCAAGCACUCAAAGGAUAUGUUACCCCAAAUCACGGAGGAUUUUACCAUGGAACUCCUCGAUCAGAUAUUCACGAGAAUGAAACUUGGUGGUCGCCUACUCCACCCUGCCGGCAUGGAUCCCUUUGAAAUCCCUCCACCACGAUUCUCCAUUAAGGAGCAGAGCAUUGCCGACGCAACGGCGGGUAUAGACCUUGCGCGCGCCGCUAUAACCCAAUCUGAGACAGAGAACGUGGACGAAUUCUGUCGUUUUACGCGAAAGAUGAAUAGUACGUCUGCGACUCUGCCAGACUUCGAAGACGCCUCCAGGUUGGUAGGCGUUGACUCGAGUACCCUCUCCCUGGCAAGCAUGUCGGAGAAGAACCCCGAUCACGAGAUCAUUCUUGAGCCACACCAAGUGGUUGCUGCUACUGCAAUGAUCAUGUACAUGUUGUCGCCGAUCUCAUCGACGAUGCUUGGGGAUGAGGUUGGAUUGGGGAAGACAUACGUAGGGCUCGUUGCUGCUAUACGUGUUUUCCAAAUUCGGGUGUCAGCAUCUGGGCCUGACGCCGAAGAAGAGUUGGCUGACAUAGCAGAUCUCGUCGCAGUGGAUGAGAUCAUCGAGCUCGAGAUCGAAAAUCCUGUCUCGGGAUAUAGCUUCAUCGUGAUCCCGAAUGCUGCGAUCGGAGGCUGGAAAGAGGCGCUCAUCAAUUUCGCCAUGUUGGGCUCCCUUGACUGGUACCAGAUGACCAGUCAAUCCAAUGUAGACGACAAGACUGCGGUUGCGCCAACAAAAGCAGUCAAAUUCAAUGAGUGGAUCGGGGAAAAGUUGGCACAGAAGCUACAAAAGCCCAUAUUCGUGCUAGUCACAUACGCAAAAUUCUAUCGGCAAUUCCUGCGAUUUGACAACGCCAAAGCAAAGGCCAUGAACCUGGCCAAUAUGAAGAAGGCGCAGACGAAAGCAAGGCGGAACCAUGGCUACAAACAGGAGGAAGAAGAAGAUCAUAACGCAUGUGAAGAGUUAUCACAAGACAAUAGCAAGGGGGACGAGGAAGCCGAGGAAGAUAAACUGAUGAGGCCAACAUUUGGAAGAACACCGAUACUCGGAAGAACAGCAAUGCUCGGAAGAACACUAAUAUUCGGAAGAACAUCAACAUCUGGAAGAACACUAAUGCUCGGAAGAACACCAAUACUUAGACAGAGGACAGUCACAUCUGGCUGGCUCCCUGUUGGUAUUGUAUUGCCUACAACGGGCAAUCUCAGAGUGUAUUGUAGCUCUUUCAACAGUAGUCUUUAGUACUAUUAUUAUCAUUGUCCUCUCCUUCUCUGUGACCUUGCAUUUGUAUUGCCUAGCUAGAAAUCUAUUUCUAGAGCGUAUUGUAACCAGCUUAACCAGCUUAAGAGUAGUUGAUUAGCAGUCCUUAAGUAUGUUGUAG